CGACGACGACAGCGGCGGCGGCGGCCGCGAAGAAGAAGAAGAAAAAAAAAGUUGGCGGACACUUUUCGGGCCGUUUCGGUUAUGAACUUAGUCAGAAAGUAGCGGAAAAGGGGGAAGGGAAACUGGUCACCCGAUGAGUGCUGUAAACUACGGCAAUGACGAAUUUGACUUUACACUGAUAUUCGGUGAAGACGGUCCGCAGCCUGGACUAGGCCCUGCAGAGAGAGAACUAGAUGAUUCUGCACCAUUUUACAUUGUUAAUGAAGGCAAUCCUCUGUCAAGUGUAAAUCGUCCAAUAGGCAUCCCUCAACAUGAAACACAGACAUUAUCUACGAUAUUUUCACCACCAUUACGGUUGCAGACCUGCAAUAUCCAGGAGCCCAAGUAUAGUCCUAUAGGUGCUCCAAAAGCUUUUGAGUGCCCUAGUAUUCAGAUCACCUCGAUUUCUCCCAACUGUCACCAAGGAAUUGGGCCUAAUGAAGAUGAAGUGCAUGCAAACGGCACGGAUAAUGAUUAUUUGGAAAGACCGUCCAGAGACCACCUAUAUCUUCCUCUUGAUCCUGCUUAUUAUAGGGAUGCUUCACUAAGCCCAAGUCCUGCCAGCAGCAUUUCUUCAAGGAGCUGGUUCUCAGAUGCUUCCUCGUGUGAGUCCUUCUCUCAUGUUUACGACGAUGUAGACUCUGAGCUGAAUGAAGCUGCUGCUCGGUUUACACUCAGUUCUCCUGGUGGGUCACCCAGAGGUUGCCCAGCAGAUGAGUCCUGGCAGCCAAAUUAUGGACUUGCAAAUUCAUUGUCUCCCAGGCAAUCACCAUGUCAUUCACCUAGAGCUAGCAUUACUGAUGAAAACUGGCUAAGCCCUCGACCAACAUCAAGGCCGUCAUCAAGACCUACUUCUCCAUGUGGAAAAAGGCGUCAUUCAAGUGCAGAAAUUUGUUAUGCAGAUUCACUUUCACCCCACCAUUCACCGACACCAUCUCCAGGACACUCCCCCAGAGGGAGUGUGACAGAGGAUACAUGGCUUGGAAACAUUGCUCUUCAGGGUGCCUCAAGUCUCAGUCCUGGACUCCUACCUUUUCAGUGCUUUCCUCCAGACACUAAUAUCCCUUUAAAAUCAAGAAAGACUUCUCAGGACCAGACAGCUACAGUGUCAGGAAAAGCAGAAUUAACUUCAGAAGAUCAGGGAUGCUUGUCAUCAUCCAUUGAGUCACCAUUAGAGGAUCUUUCUGGCUCUCAGCAUCCAUUAAAGAAAGAUUUGUCGAGUGAGCAGUUUCUCUCAGUUCCCUCACAUUUCACUUGGAAUAAACCAAAACCUGGUGGCCAUACACCUAUUUUUCGUACGUCAUCGUUGCCUUCCUUAGACUGGCCCUUGCCAAGUCAAUAUAUGCAGUAUGAUCUAAAAGUUGAGGUGCAUCCGAAGACUCACCACAGAGCCCACUAUGAAACUGAAGGAAGUCGAGGAGCUGUGAAGGCAUCUUCAGGAGGGCACCCAGUUGUUAAGCUUCAAGGUUACAAUGAAAAGUCAAUCAAUCUGCAGAUGUUCAUUGGAACUGCUGAUGAUCGCUAUUUGAGACCACAUGCAUUCUACCAGGUGCACAGAAUCACUGGGAAGACUGUUGCUACAGCUAGCCAGGAGAUUAUCAUUUCCAGUACAAAGGUUCUUGAAAUUCCUCUUCUCCCUGAAAACAAUAUGACUGCCAGUAUUGACUGUGCUGGAAUUUUGAAACUACGCAAUUCUGAUAUAGAGCUUCGCAAGGGUGAAACCGAUAUUGGCAGAAAAAAUACAAGGGUUCGGCUUGUUUUCCGUGUGCACAUCCCACAGCCUAAUGGAAAAGUUGUGUCACUCCAAGCAGCUUCCAUUCCUGUUGAAUGCUCCCAGCGUUCUGCCCAGGAACUUCCUCAGAUUGAGAAAUACAGCAUCAGCUCAUGCUCAGUCAUUGGUGGAGAAGAAGUGAUUGUUAGUGGUUCAAAUUUUCUUCCUGAGUCUAAGAUUGUCUUCCUAGAAAAGGGCCCAGAUGGACGUCCUCAAUGGGAGGUAGAAGGAAAGAUAAACAGGGAGAAGUGUCAAGGGGUUAAUCUUGUGGCUGAGGUCCCUCCAUACCACAAUAAAAAUGUUACAUCUGCAGUUCAAGUUCAGUUUUAUGUUUGCAAUGGCAAGAGAAAGAGGAGUCAGUCGCAGCGUUUCACUUAUAUGCCAGUUUUAAUCAAGCGAGAACGUUCUGAUGAGAUUAAUCUGCCCACCAUUCCUAUCCUAACCAUGCCCAUUACACAUGCUGCCAGUGUUUCUGGCCUGCAUCAAGUAGGCUCCCAGCAGCCUUCCCCAGAUACCGGACACCUUCAUGAGAAUUUGGUAACAACAUCACAGAGGAACCUUGGUCCUCCAAUGCAGCAAACGUAUGUACCAAUGGUUUCUCCAUCUAUACCACACAUGCCACACCUACCAACCAGAAGCAUUAGUCCUGGUACAGAAUGUCCCAUCAUGCCUUCCUUGGGGCAUCAAUCCUUCGCAACAGCACCAGCUCCACCUAUCAGGCCUUCUUAUCAACCUAUGCAAUCUAACAUGAUGUAUAAUGGACAGCCUGGUCUUCCUAUAAACUCUGCCUCCAACCAGGGAUAUGAACGGAUUUCUUUCCGGCCUGAUGUAGCAAGUCCACUUCAAAUCAAUCUUGGAUGUCAACAAAUGCAGCCGAUGUCCUACCGUUCUCCGCAUCCAGGUCCAGCUUCAUCACCGUCUCCAACAGCAACUCAUCCUUUGGUACAUUCUCCACAUUCGGGACAGUCCUCACCCCAGCUGCACAACACGAGUUUAGGAAGUCUGUCAGCACCACCUCCAUUGACUCAUCACAAUUUGUGUAAUCCAUCUUCGUUUCCAACCACGGAGAGAGCAUCCAGAGCAUCCCUGAACAUUAAACAGGAACCAGAGGACAGUGAGCUGCCUUUUCAGACCAUUGGCCUGCAGGAUAUUACACUUGAUGAUGUGAAUGAAAUUAUAGGAAGAGACAUGUCACAGAUCCCAGGCUCUCAUGGAACAGCAGUGCAUGCCCAGUCACAAUGUGCCUGCCCAGGAACUCUGGACAGUGGGAUGCCCGAAGGACUCUGAUAGCAACUACAAACAUCGUACAUUUCUUUAUUUUGCAGGUCUUCAUCGGAAUGAUACCCAACAUCGUCCUUUUCUCCCUCCCCCUGCCCACCCCCCCAAAAAAAAGUUGUGCUUCCAAUAUUGUGGCCUUUUAUAAACUGGAACAGUGGAUCCUUGCAGAGCUCUAACAUUGGUUGCUGCAGUUCUGCACUGAACCUGGUUCAAUCUCGCAUAGAAAUGUUCUACAAAUGUGCACUCUGGUUGUUUGUAUACAUUUACAGUGGGCAGAAACACUCAAGCAACAUAGAAGUGACUUUAGUCUACUUUAGAAAAUAGUUGAGUGAGAUAGCUCUUUCAAUAGAUUAAGUAGCAUACUGUAUAUGGGAAGAGUGUUGUCAAGAAUAAGGUGAUUUCUUUCUAUCUGUUGUACUAUAAUAAAUAAUGAAAAUGUUAAGCUAAGAGGGAAGGGCAUAUUAAGGUCUAUAAUGUGGUAAUAAGAGGGUAAAUAAAAUGCUGAAUAGUGACUUAUUCUGCAUUUUUGUCAUUCUGAAGAGCUUUAGGCUUGUAGGCUGCAGAAGUUUUCUUGAAAGUUAAAACUUCCAGUAAAGAAAACCUGUCUGGUGUAGCCAGUGUCAUGGAAGCCAUUCUAUAAUAAUCCUUGCAUUUUGAUACAGCGCUUUUCACGUCUUUGAGAC